UGUCCGGAAAAGUAUCAUAUAGCUCGACACUGUCGCGCACUGUCAUCAGUUACUUGCGGUCGAAGCAUAGUUACGAUAUUGUGUUCUUCCACAACACUCAGAAUGUCAUUUUGCUCAUUUUUUGGUGGCGAGGCCUUUAAAGACCACUUCAAAACGGGUAUGUAUGUAUGCUCUAAGUGCAGCAACCCGCUGUUUUCCAGUAGGUCCAAGUUCCCCCACUCAUCCCCAUGGCCUGCCUUCACUGAGACCAUCAAAGAGGACAGUGUUACCAAGAGGAUGGAGUCACACACAGCCUUUAAGGUGCUUUGUGGGAAGUGUGGUAACGGAUUGGGCCAUGAGUUUGUCAACGAUGGACCAAAGCCAGGAGUCUCACGCUUCUGAAUAUUUAGCAACUCGCUGAAGUUUGUCCCUAAUAUAGACGAACAGUAACGCGAGGACCCUGAACACACAGCUGUAGUUGCACACCCAUGGCCCUGGGGCGGCCUGGUCCAUUUGUGACGUCGACAGGGUCAAGCCUGAGAGGGACAACCUGUCCACUGAUGACUAGGACCAGACUUCACGCAGGGACAUUCUAGAAAAGAAGCCAAGGGAGCAUAGUAUUUUUUCAUAGAGUAUAUUUACUGUACAUUACAAAUACACAGAAAUUACUUGAAGAACUCUCAUAAAAGACAGGAAGAAUGUCAGACUGACUGGUUUGACCAGUUUUCACAUACCGUAUGCCAGAAUGAUGUUUAUUUUUAACACUGAACUGUAAAAUGAAUGAUUUUAAGAUGAUGUUUUAUGAUGAGAAAUAAUUUUAAGAAAAAUGUAAACUGAAAUAUCUUGCUUAUAUAAUUGUUGAACCCCUGAGGUUGCUCUCAGUUUACACUGAUGAAAAUAUUGCCCUGACAAGGAAACAGCUACCUUACAAUUGACUUCCAUCUCAAACAGAAGGCCAAAGAAGCAUUGGUCGAUCAAGAACAAAAGGUUAAAUGUCCUACAGUGGCCUAGUCAAAAUGCUGAUCUCAAUCCUUUUGAAAAUCUGUGGUACAAUUUUAAAAUUGCAGUUCACCCGUGUUGUCUAACCAACAAAAGAAACAGGUAAAAAAGAAUGGGACAGAAUCAGUCUGACACGGUCAUUGCAGCAAAAAAAGCCACUACCAGUUAUUCACGUGUGGAAGUUGAAUAUUUAUGCAAGCAAUAUAUAGCUAUUUUUAAGAAAAAAUUAAUAUAUAUUAUUUAUUUUUCUUAAAAAUAUUUCCCAACAUGAAACCAAAUGUUACCUGAGAGUGUUAAAAAUAAUGUAAACAACAUUUCUGUGCACCAUUUGGGAUUCAGUAAUAUGAGAGAAUUGGUCAGGGAUUUGAAUACUCUCGCAUGAUAUUGUGUCCUCGUCUAAUUAAUUUUACAAUUAAAUUAUAAGUUUGGUAAGAUAUUGGUCUAUGGUAGAUAAUGUUAGAUUUUUAAGUAGCUUGAGCAGGUUAUGAAACAAUUACAAAGUUUUACUUUUAAUUUAAUGAACCAACAAGUACUGUAUUUUUUAAGGAUUUGGCACAGGCAAUACACAGGCUUGCUAUCACAACUAUGCAUUAGAUAUAUAUUCAGCGCUACAAUGUUUAUGCAUGCUGAGACAUGUAAGAUUGUAUACUUGAAUGUUGUCAUGACUUCAGAUAAUUCAUCUUUUAUGAUUAUGUCUUCCGAUAGGUAAUUCCAAUAACACUAUUAACAAUAAUGCUCAUUCCUGUAUGAAUACAGUUGAACAGACAAUGUUCUGUUUUUCUCUUGAUAUUUAUCAACCUAAGAUGAUAAUAAAUUACCAUAGUUUACCAGAAAACAUUGCC